GCUCGCGCGGAGAUGAUGGCGGUGCGUGAACGCGCGGGGGCAGUAAUGGCCGCACUGGAUCGGCGGGUUCCGAAUCUCGACGAAUUCGCGGGGCAAAGCUGGAGCUCAUGGGUCGAGAGGGCCGAAGGGCCGCUAUCGGAAGGGUUGGAAUUGAAUGAAUGCAAAAAUGAAAAGAAGAAGAAGAUGGAUGUGAUGAGGCUCAUAAAGGAGGAUAUGCCGAUUUUUGGACUUUGCCCAGCCCAUGACGAAUUCUACUUGGUUGUAUGCAGUCACUGCAGUCAAGUGGUAAAACCUCAGGCCUUUCAGAAACACUGCGAAAGAAGACAUGGUCCUCUAAGGAAGCUUUACAGCCGUGCACAGCCUCCUCCACAUGCCAGCAACACUUCAACACCUCCCAAAUCCCGUCCUUGUAAUAACCAGCCUUUAAACCAGACUUGUAGUCAGAGUGUGGCAUGUGGUCACCAUUCAGGUCCAAAGUCCUCCAGGGAGAAGCCCCACAGUCCAGCUGGCAGCACAGAGCAGCAUGCUGAUCAAGCGACAAAAGGACAAAGAGACAAUCUCUGCUUAUUUGUGCCAGUGGUGAACUUGGAGAAGAUUCCUAACCUCUCAAAACUUGAUGGAUCCUCUUCAGAAAAAAACGCUAAACAUGCCCCCCUUGUCUCAUCCAUAUCACAACCCAACAAUCCCAAAUCAACCCCAACAAAGCUGGCAGCUAAACCAACCCCAUCACCUUCUGCAAAGACCACAUCCGAACCUUCAGUACUACUGUCGAAUGCUUCUAGCAGAAAGGUGGAAGCUGUACCUUCUUCGGUAGAACCACAUCAAACAGCAGCCAAAAGUGGGCCAAAGUCUUACAAGAAGAUUUCUAGAAAAGAAUGUGAUCUGAACAGACAGUGUGGAGUCAUGGACCCUGAGACCAAGAGAGUUUGCACAAGGUUAUUAACAUGCAAGAUUCAUUCCAUACACAGACGGAGAGAAGUGCAAGGACGAGCUAAGGAUUUUGAUGCACUAGUAGCAGAGCUGAAAGCCAGUUCAAGAAACAAAGAAGCAGGGGUAGAGCGAAGCCCAUCUUUGAAGGAGGGAGGAUCGCGGUUGUCAUCCAAGGAAGGGGGGUCUCAAAGUUUAACUACUGCAUCAUGUAAAAGGCAGCUGGCUAACUGCGCAACCUUAAGGUCCAGGAUAUCCUCAGAGAGUGACCAUGAUGAUUUCAGAUCAGCACUUGGAGAGCAACCUGAAGCAAAACUUCUGUACCCACUUCCACUACUGAGGCCAGACUGUAGGGCAUCAAGUGAUGAAAGUGAAGGAGAAACAACAGAAGAAGUAGAGAAGCUCGACUGCCCUUAUUCACAGCAUUUACCACGGCCAGCAGCGCUCUGCACAUUUGGAAGCCGGCUGAUUGGUCGAGGGUGCUACCUAUUUGACAGGCGUUUGGACCACUUCUGUUCAGCACUCAGUAGCAUGCUAGAGAGGCAUAUCAGCUCUCACAUGUGGAAAAGAAUUCCUCCAGCUGUGGAUUUUCAGCCACAUAGUACCUCAUCUCCUAUUGGAGUGUCAUCUUCUGAUUCAGACAUUCAGCGUUUUGGUAGCCAGUUUGCUUCAGGUACUGCUGAUGGCUCUAUGAGGACUACUGCUUCAUGCAUUCUGUCAUCCCCAGUGACCAAGGAGACCAAAUCAUCAUCAUAUACAGCAGCAUCUCCUCACGCUGCCACAACUUGUGGCUUACUGGAUUCAACUGGUGGGAACCAGUCCAUCACCUCACCCCUGGCUGCCAACACACCUUCUCCAUCCUUCAGUAAGCUGCCCUCAUCAAAGACAAGCAAGUCUGCAAAAGUGAAAGAAAGUCCCAGUCCAGAGCAAGACAUUUCAGCUCGAAAGAGGAAAAGGUCUAUGUCUUCCAUGGAAGAUAACACAGUUCUUAAAAAGAACUGUAUUCUGGGUUCGGGCAGGACUAAUGCUUCCAUUCCCAGGUCCACUGAGCCUUCUGCCAAAUCCAAGACUUCCUUGAGUUUCUCGGUUAAUGGAGUUGUAUCCCCUGACUCCAAAAUGAACAAACAUUCAGGGCACAUGGGCAUGCAGCGGGACAACUCAAACUUUAUGAAACGAACAGAUCUUAUAGACUGCCAUUCAAAGGUUGUCCAGGCUGAUGGACGCAGAGCAUCAGUUGGCAUGUCAAAGGGGCUGCAGAUGAACUGUGUUUCCAGAGAGGAUGUCAAGAAAAGGAAAACUGGAACUUCUUAUCCAAAGCCCAUUAAAGUCCCAUCUGCUCCCCUGGAGACCAACAGCUUGCACAAGCGGAAGAAAAGCCUCUUGUCGUCUGUGUCACUGGCAAAAAAGUUCUGCACCAUGAAGCCCAAAUCUCAUUCAUGAGGACUGCCUUCACCAGAGGAGCCACCCAGAAGACAAUUUUGAAUUCUGUUGCCAUGGACUGUCUGGAUCAGAUGCUGGACUUAGUGUUAUUUUUUUUUCUAAACUUUAUAUUAUAGAAUUUUUUUAACUAUAAAAAUUAUACCUCAAGACUCUUUACUUGUUAUCCUGCUGCUAUAAAAAGAAGGAGUGAGAAGCUGAUUAAAAUGCAAAACCAGA